AUGGCCUUCGCAUCCUUUAAUUCAGUUUUCAGAAACUCCAUUUCAUUGCCAACUAUGGUUGUUUCUGAUAUGUCUGAUAACGUCAGGAACGGGUUUUCAUUUCCAAAAAAGACGUCCAUUUAUAAAGGACAGCGCAAUCUUCAAGACUUGACCGUUGCGAAUGUUGCAAGUCCAUUGCCUGUGACUGCUCCACCGCCACCAACACCGCAGGAACCGUCAGGGACCACCGGCGGCCGCCAGCACCAUGUUGCAUGGACUAGUAUCCCCCAAGAGAGAUGGCAAGGAGAGUUACUUGUUCAAGGACAAAUACCACUCUGGCUUAAAGGAACGUACCUAAGGAAUGGCCCAGGCAUGUGGCACAUAGGGGACUACAACUUCAGGCACCUCUUUGACGGGUACGCCACGGUGGUGAAGCUUCACUUCGAGAACGGCCGGUUAAUCGCCGGCCACCGGCAACUCGAAUCUCAAGCCUACAAAGCUGCAAAACAGAACCAGAAGAUAUGUUACCGUGAAUUUUCUGAAGUGCCUAAGGCUGCAAAUUUCUUGUCAUACGUUGGGGAGCUUGCAAGCUUGUUCUCCGGCGCCUCGCUCACCGACAACGCAAACACCGGCGUGACGAAGCUCGGUGAUGGCAGGGUGGUUUGCCUGACGGAGACUCAAAAAGGGUCCAUAGUGAUAGACCCUGAAACAUUGGACACACUUGGAAAAUUUGAGUAUAGUGACUCUUUGGGGGGUCUUAUUCACUCUGCACACCCCAUUGUGACAGAUAAAGAGUUUUUAACGUUGUUACCUGAUCUAGUGAAACCAGGUUACCUUGUUGUGAGGAUGGAACCUGGUACCAAUGAGAGGAAGGUGAUAGGUCGGGUCAAUUGUCGGGGCGGGCCAGCACCCGGUUGGGUCCAUUCUUUCCCUGUUACUGAGCAUUAUGUUAUUGUGCCUGAAAUGCCAUUGAGGUAUUGUGCUCAGAAUUUGCUCAAGGCUGAACCAACACCAUUGUACAAGUUUGAGUGGCACCCUGACUCCAAAGGUUUUAUGCAUGUUAUGUGCAAGACUAGCGGAAACAUUGUGGCAAGUGUGGAAGUGCCUCUGUUUGUUACUUUCCAUUUCAUAAAUGCAUAUGAAGAGGAAGAUGAAGAUGGGAGGGUGACGGCAGUUGUUGUUGACUGCUGUGAGCACAAUUCAGAUACUACCAUUCUUGAAAAGCUUAGGUUAGAGAACCUUCGUUCAUUUAAUGGCGAAGAUGUUCUACCUGAUGCUAGGGUUGGUCGGUUCAAAAUACCACUGGAUGGAAGUCCAUAUGGAACAUUAGAGGCAGCAUUAGACCCAAAUGAACAUGGGAAAGGCAUGGACAUGUGCAGCAUAAACCCUAAUAAUUUAGGGAAGAAAUACAGAUAUGCCUAUGCUUGUGGAGCAGAGCGCCCUUGUAACUUUCCCAACACCCUCACCAAGCUUGAUUUUGAAUUGAAAAAGGCUAAGAACUGGUAUGAAGAAGGUGCUGUGCCCUCGGAACCAUUCUUUGUGGCUCGACCAGGAGCAACAGAGGAAGAUGAUGGCGUUGUAAUCUCCAUAAUCAGUGAGAAAAAUGGAGAAGGAUAUGCGUUGGUGUUAGAUGGUUCCACCUUUGAAGAGAUUGCUAGGGCUAAGUUCCCUUAUGGACUUCCAUAUGGGCUGCAUGGAUGCUGGGUUCCAAAACAGUAA